GGACCGAAGGGGGCACUAAUAAGAAUUUGAGGGCAUAAUAAGAAUGUCGGGACGACAAGGUGGCAAGAAAAAGCCUCUGAAGGCACCAAAGAAGGACAGAAAAGAACUCGAUGAUGAUGAGGUCGAAGCUCGUCAGAAACAAAAGGAGGACCAAAAGAAACUGAAAGAAGCUCAGGCUAGAGCAGCUCAAAAGGGCCCAAUGGGUGCGAGCGGGAUAAAGAAAAGUGGCAAGAAAUGACUGCAUCUUUUAUAACACUUCACCAUUAGUCAUGUAUGAACAUCCAAAUUCAAAAUAAAAUGCACUGUCAAUGGAACUAUGAGGCAGCCAGUCUCUCAAUGACUGCUCUGUAUUCAGUCUCCAGCUGGUAGUAGGCACCGUGGAGUUUGGUGAGAUGUUCCUCCUGGGAGGACGAGGAGGGGAGGGGGUGAGUGAGGGCCAGCUCGGCAGGGUCCAGUAGUCGACUGAGUCUGCCAUGCUCUUGUAGCUCUCUCUGUAGAGGGCGGGGGU